AUGAACAUCAACGAGAAGAUAAGUUCCGUGCUGGGGUACGUGCGGGACAGCGUAAAUCCGUACACACGCCUUGUGCACUCGGCCAUGAACACUGACAAGCGUUCUGUGCCGUUUUACCAGAUGGAGGAGGUGCGGGAGGCGAGUUUUCAGUCGGACCACGCCUGCGAGAUGAUUAUGAAGGCCCUUGCGCCGAGUCUCGACGAGAGCUCGUCUAUCGUUUUGAGCAAAGCCCUCUCCAUCUUCCGCGUGCUGUUCGUCGAGGGCGCCAACGGCAUCCGCAUUCGAAUGGCGAGGGUGAGAGGCAGUCUGUCUCGCAUUGCGAACCUUCAGGAUGUGGGCAGGGGCACGCUGGAGGCGUCCAACAGGGAUCUUGCCCGUGCCUUUCUCGAGGCGAUGGACGGGAACAGCGAUGCCCUCGUGUCGUUUCCAACAGUGCAGAUGAGCGGGGCGAGGGAGGAAGAGUACACGUCGCCGCAGUCAUACAAAAGCGAGUUUCAGACAAUGCAUGAGAAGGAGCGGCGGAUGUACCGAAGACAGUGCGAGGAGGAAAAAAGGCAAUCGGCUGUCAUUGUGAGGGGGCGUAUCUACGGCACCUUUGACGGCAGUCUGUCGCCUGAAAAACUUGCCGAGCAGGUCGUCGCGAGUCCGAAGAAGAGGUUUGCGCAGACAGAGCUGGAUUCCUUUGUGUCCGCGGCUAUUGCCACCGAAAGGGUGACGGAGGUGUGCGCCGCACUCGAUCAGCACCUGCAGGGUGCUCGACAGACGCUGCAGAACAGGUACAAGGUUCUCCUUGUGGUGGAGGCGCUUGUCAGCAGUGGCGUGAAGGAGGCGCAGGAUUAUUAUCGAGAGAACAACGUGGGCAUUUGUCGUCAUUUGACCAUGAAUAGCGUAGAAAACCCUGUCAAGGCGGAGGCGGCUCAAAGCACUGCGCGUCGCAUUACGCAGGCAUUGCAGGCACCGUUGUUGUCAUCUGCACCCGCACCAACAGUGCCCCCACGACACGUUAUUGCCCCACAGCAGCCCACCGUCUCGCAACUGGACGAUCUAUUUUCUGGUGUGUCGGUGCAGAAGAAACCGGCGGCAACCUCUUCCUCUCACGUUCCUUCGUUGCAAGACAUAUCUGCCGAUGCGGUUAUUGAGGAUAUAUUUGGCCCCGCGCCACGUCUUCAGUCCGCGCCGCUUCCGCCCACAGCGACGCCUACCGGUAACGGCACCUUCACGCCCAAACCGUCUUUACCGCAAUUGCUUGACCAGAAUCAUAAACAAGUAGAAAAACAGCAGCAGGAGCAGAGCACUUUGUCGUUUAUUUCGCAGAACUUUCCUCCGUCUGGUGGGAAUUUUAUUAGCGCAGCGCAGCAGUCGACCCCUGAUUUUCUAGGCAGCUUCCAAGGGACCUCUACAGCGGCAGGGGAGCUUGCGUCCCAAGCAAAUUCUUUUGGAACUUCCAGCGAGCAACGCGUCGGCGACGCACGAAGCGACGCCGAUAAGCUGCGGCUUAUGCAACAGAUACAGGCACAGAUGGAGAUGACUCGUCGGAUGUUGGAGCAACAGCAGUCUGCUCUUCUUGCACUGCAAGCGGAAUUUCAGAAAAAGUGA